AUGACGAUUUACAUCGCGAGGGAGGCAACCAAGCUAUGGAGGAAGGUGUGCGCGGAGACUUCGGUGGAGCUGCAGCUUCUGUUCGAGAAGUGGCACCUGCUACUUGCCGGAAUUGUGUUUCAGUAUAUUCAUGGAUUGGCUGCUCGAGGAGUACAUUACUUGCAUCGGCCCGGUCCAAUACUCCAGGACAUGGGAUUUAUGGCCCUUCCGGAGCUCGGGCAAGACAAAGGUUAUCUUAGUGAGACUGUAUUCACUUGCAUCUUCCUUUCAUUUCUGUUGUGGAGUUUUCACCCUUUUGUUUAUCAUAGCAAACGUUUCUACACUGUUCUACUCUGGCGCAGGGUGCUUGCAUUUUUAGUCGUAAGUAUGGCUGUCCUAACUCAUAACUUCCAUAAUUAUAUCCAUGUCCCAACCAGCGACAUUUUUCUCCUCCAGGCUUCACAGUUUUUGCGAAUUAUUACAUUCUAUUCCACUCAGCUUCCUGGCCCAAAUUAUCACUGUCGUGAGGGCUCGAAACUGGCCACUCUUCCACCACCCAAAAAUGUUCUUGAAGUGCUCCUGAUCAACUUUCCUCGUGGAGUGCUUUUUGGCUGUGGUGAUCUGAUAUUUUCAUCUCACAUGAUCUUUACUCUUGUCUUUGUCCGUACAUACCAUAAAUAUGGAUCAAAAAGGUUGAUUAAGCUAUUUGCCUGGUUGAUGGCCAUCAUCCAAAGUCUCCUUAUCAUUGCUUCUCGCAAGCACUACACCGUGGAUGUUGUUGUUGCUUGGUAUACUGUCAAUUUGGUUGUAUUCUUUGUUGACAAGAACCUCCCAGAAAUGCCGGAUCGUACAAGUGGGUUAUCUUUGCUUCCAGUAAGCACAAAAGAUAAAAGUGACAGGAUGAAGGAAGAGCUCCACAAGCCCGAGAAGGAUAACAAAAUGAAGGACGAACACCAUAAGUUAUUGAAUGGAAACACCGUUGAUUCUACUGAUCGGCGACAAUGGAUGCCGAUGAACGGAAAGCAUGGCGAAGACAUGAACCACACGCUCUCUGAUGCCGUUCCCAACGGUACAUGA